UGCUACCAGAGCGCUGCACACUAUGUUUGCUGAGUUGUUGACCGACGCUGGCUGGUCGGUGAAAAUCUCUGAAAAAAGCGUGAAUUUUCUAGGCCUCAAAUUAAAUUUGUGAAAUUUUCUAUCAGUUCUACACCCAUCCCUCUCAUCAUGGCUGACAGUGAAGAUGAAUAUGACCGUAAAAGACGAGAUAAAUUCCGUGGAGAGAGAACUGAAUCUUACCGCAGUGGAGAAAGGCGAGAAGAAAGACGCGGUAGAGAAGACUGGAUUGAAAGAGACUCCUGGUCUGGUCGAAGUCGUGGCGGUGGACGAGGGGAUUAUAGAGGUCCUGUUAGAGAAAGAUACAGUCCUAGUCGAUCACACGAACUCUCACCUCCUAUGAAGCGGAUGAGACAUGACUGGGAUGAUAUGGGAGACAGGCGGCUAGGCUAUGAAGCAACAGCUUACAAUUACAAUGUUUGGGCCCCCCAAGCGCCUGUGCAAGCUUACUCCAAUAGCCACAGAGCGGCUGCAGCUGUACCACCGCUGAGUGGAGGAGUGAGCAUGGGUGAAAUGCAAGACACACAACCUCCAAUGCUGUCUUUCAAAUCUUUCCUCCAAACUCAAGAUGACAACAUAACGGACAAUGACGCUAUAAAAAAAUACAAUGAAUACAAACAUGAAUUUCGCAGGCAACAACUCAAUGAGUUCUUUGUUGCCCAUAAAGAAGAAGAAUGGUUUAAACUCAAGUAUCAUCCUGAAGAUUCGGUGAAGAAAAAACAGGAGCAUCAAGAAAUGCUCAAAAGACGAAUUGAAGUGUUCGAGGAAUUCUUAGGUAAUGGGCGUAUUGACAAAGUGACAAUUGACAGUGAUCAAGCUGAUAACCUGCAGAAGUUACUUGAUGCAGUCGUAAUCCGAUUAGAAGGUGGCACUGACCUUGAUCUGCAAGCCAUUGACCAACCUCCAGAACCAAUUGCACCAGUUCAACGAAUAACACUUGAAGCAUCCAAGGUCGUGAAACAGGAAGUAGCUGAAUCUAAAAAUGAAAAUGAUGAUGCAGAAGAAAUUAAGGGUAGCGAUAAUCCCGAGGCUGGGUCUGAACAAGUUGAAACUGCUAAGGUUAAUGAUGAUGAAGAAAAACCAAAGUCUGAAGAGGAAGGCACUGCUUCACCUGAAAAAGCCAGUGAAGAGCCCGAUGUUGCUGCAACAAUUGAAGAAACAAAACCUCCAUCUGAACCCCCAGCGUCACCAAAAAAAGAUAAAUCUGAUGAUGAAGGGGACGAAAAGAAAUCUCCUCCUGUAGAGAAUGGAGAUACUGAUGUAAAAAUGGAUACAGAAGAGGGCACAGCCGAAGUAAAAAGUAAAUUGGAAGAUUCUGAAGAUGGCGAAAAAUCUGAAGAAAAAGCAGAGAGCGAAACUACCAAGCAACAGGAUCAGGAAGAAACUGAAGAAUCAAAACAAGGAGUGGAUCUUGAAGAAAAAGAAACGGUCGUAAUAGAAGAUUCCAGUGGAGAAAGUGGAGAGCUUGGUUUAAAAACUGACGAGAACAAAGAAGAGGACACCAAAACGGACGACAAACCAGAAGAGUUGAAACCGAGAGCCCUCCAUAGAACAUCCUCUCUCUUCCUGAGGAACUUAGCCCCUUCCAUUACCAAGAAAGAAAUCGAAGAUCUUUGUAAACGGUACGCUGGAUACCUAAGGACAGCAAUAGCUGAUCCGCAACCUGAAAGGCGGUGGUUCAGGCGAGGCUGGGUCACUUUCCAGAGAGAUGUAAAUAUUAAGGAAAUCUGUUGGCAUCUCAAUAAUAUUAGGGUACGUGACUGCGAACUUGGAGCUAUUGUUAAUCGAGAUCUAAGUCGGAGGAUACGAAGUGUUAUGGGACUAACAUCACUGAAACAAAUCAUUCGGAAUGAUAUGAAACUAGCGGCAAACAUAAUUCAAAACUUGGAUUCUCGCUCAAGCCUUUGGGUGCCGGAGAAUAAAGAACAACAGGAGGGUUAUGGACUGAAAUCAUUGAAUCCUGUGCUGCAGAAUAUCACUGAUUACUUAAUUGAAGAAGCGAGUGCCGAAGAAGAAGAACUUCUGGGUCAGUCAUCAGAACCGGAUGCGACAGAGGAAAAGGACAUCAAUCUUUUAAAGGUAUUAGAUAGAUUGCUAUUUUAUCUACGAAUAGUUCAUAGCGUGGACUAUUACAACCAUUGUGAGUAUCCCAACGAAGAUGAAAUGCCAAAUAGAUGUGGAAUAAUGCACACUCGUUCGCCUGCCCCCGCUAACAAGCCAACACAACAGGAAAUCAGUGACUACUGUAAAAAUUUCGAGGCCAAAAUGCAGUCUCUGAUUUUUCAACCUCCAGAACUAACGAAUGAGGAACUUCAAAUGUUGGGUGCGAAAGACACUGAGUCAGAGGUAGAGAAGUUUAUUGCAGCUAAUACUCAGGAACUGGCAACAGACAAAUGGCUGUGCCCACUUUCAGGCAAGAAGUUCAAAGGUCCAGAGUUUGUCAGGAAGCACAUAUUUAACAAGCAUGCUGAGAAAGUAGAAGAAGUCAAAAAAGAGGUUGAAUAUUUCAACAAUUACCUACGGGACCCCAAGAGACCUCAAUUGCCAGAACACCCAGGGAACAAACAAAUGAAGAAAGAGCCAGUUGCAGAAGUACCGCCUGCUUUUAUUCCUCACAUGCAGUAUGGCUACGGAGGUUAUCAACCUUAUUCACGAGGUGGAUAUGGUGGAUAUGCCAGGCCAAGGGCGUACAAUCGUGGCCGUGGGGGUGGAGACUAUCGCCCGAUAGUCCAUUACAGAGAUCUCGAUGCUCCACGGGAGCCAGAUGAAUUUAUUUAAAUUUUUCAUUGACUACUAUCUCUGACUUUUCUUUUGUUUAUUGCUUCACUGUCAUCAGAUUUCAUAAGAGUCCUCAUAACAUCAUUGCGGCUAGGCAUAACACAAUGUUAUGCCUAUGUUAACAUAUUGUAAAUUUCAUGUAAUGUUAACAUAAUAUUUUGCCUAUUAAAAGCAUAAUGUGUGUAUCAAUGACAUAAUAGUUAAUUGGUGACGAAUUGAUAUGAAACAAUAAUGUAUAGAACAACAUCAUGCAUCAGAUUUUAUUACAUUUUUUUAAGUUGUUACUUAAAAUGAUAUCAAAUUUGUUAAAAGAAAAAGGAGGAAAAAAGAGAGAAACUGAUUGUAGCAAUGAAGUAUGAGCAAUAAGCUAACUCAAGAUUUUCUUAUCUGUGACAAGAAAAAGUGAUGUUGAUAGAUAUAUAUUGAAAGUAUGUACCUUGGCCACUUUGUGAUCAGAAUGCCUGGUGCAUUUAUGUAAGGAAUGUGUUUUGUGUUGGAAUUAGAGAACAUUCUGUAAAAUGGAAGAUCAGAUUGAUCAGCAGUUCUCAAAUGAAUUUUAAUUUUGCCAUGGCUGUAUGUAUGGUUUUUGUGUGAAUAUAAAUUUAAUCAAAAUUUUUAAACCGCUGGCUCCGUCAUAUCAUUUGAACCACCUUUUACAUUCUCUCUCUGUAUUAGUUCAGACCCCUCAUUUUAUCUUUUUUAAUUAUUUACUUACUUUUUUAGUAUUAACCGCGGUUAAUUCUUCCAGCUGUUUUUUUCCAUGAAUAAAUUUUUGUCAAGUA